AUGGCUAAGAAAUUGGAUGUAAAAACUCGGAGUAUAAAUUGUUUUGCUCAUUUUGAUCCUGAUAUUCUUAGUUCUUAUAAUAAUAAUGAUAACAACUCACUUAGACCAAAUAAAUUUGAAAAUCAUUUUUUUACAACAGCUGGUGACAUAUCAACAAAAGAAAUCAUGUUUAGUGUAUUAAUAAAAGGAUGUAGCCAAUGUACGCUUGAUGAAAUAAUUACAGUAAUUCAAGGAUAUACACCCCCAUUUAUACCAUAUUUAAUAGGAAAAAUUAAUAAUGAUGAUAUAAAAUUUUAUGUAAAGGAUAUAGUUAUUUCAACUAAUUUACAACAACUUUCAAGAAGAGUUAAAAAUCCUAAAACAAAAACAAAUUUAUUAAUUAUUACAUCAAAAACUGUUUGUUCAUGGAAUAAGUUAUCAUUUGAUUCAAAAAAAGUAAUAGAGUUAGCUUGUAGAAAUAGAUUAUCAGAUGAUAAAAAAACCCUGGAUUUGUCAAAUUUUGGCUCAGAUUCAUGUUUUAAAGAUAAAUAUACUACGAUUUCACUUGAAAGACCAGAGAUUAUGAUUGUUAUAAUUGAUUUUGCUUAUGAAUUUUGUCCAGAAGUUACAAACUUAUCUUUAAAGGGUACAGAAUUAAGAAAUUUAAAUUUAGUUGCUUCGUUGGCUUAUGCUAUUCCAUUAGUAAAAGUAUUAGAUUUAUCAUGUAAUAAGAUAAAUCAAUAUUCAGAAUUAGCUAAAAUUCGUAUAUGGAAGCUUGAAAAAUUAUUUUUAACUAAUGACGAUGUAUUAAAUACUUUUAUCAAUUCUUCAGAGUAUGUGAGAAUCAUUCAAGGCUAUUUUCCUUAUUUGACAAGUUUGGAUAAUAUGUAUUUAUCUUUCUCUGAAAAUAAUUUAUCAUAUAAAUAUGAAAAUAAUAUUCCUGUUCAGCCAGGAUAUAUUCCAUCAUCAAAGAUUCAAACAUUAUUAGAAAUAUUUAUUAUGCAGUAUUUUGAUUUAUUCGAUGGACCUGAUGGAAUGAAAAGUAGAAAAUUGCUUGAAAAAUUUUAUGAUGAAAAUUCUAUUUUUUCUAUAAAUUGUGAUGUUAUUAAUGAUGGUAAUUAUGAUAAAAUAACUGAAAGUAAAAAGAAACUAUCUGAACCUGAAUAUAAAAUUUAUAGAUCUAUUUCACAUAACAUUUUACAUCAAGACAAAUGGUAUAAAAAUAGAGAACACAAAUAUGCAAAGAAUAGUCUUGAAGUUUUGACAAUGCUUUGUAGGCUUCCUUUAACACAACAUAACCGGGAUAUUUUUUUAGUAGAUGUUUUUUAUGCAACGAGUGAAUUUGUUGGAUUUACAAUUCAAGGAUUAUUAAAUGAUGGAGAAGCAUGUUUUGUUUAUCCAAAACCAAAAAAUAAUUUAAAAUAUUUUACUCGCAGUUUUUUUUGCUUACUUAAAAAUGAAACGGAAGUUUCUAUAAUAUCAGAUAUUUUAAAUAUUUAUCCUAUUAGUCAAGAACAUAUUUCAAAAUAUCAAGAAUAUUUUAUGAAACUUAAAAAACAACAAACGUUUACUGAAAUGUCUACAGCAGUCAAUGAUUUGUUAACUAGUAUGACAAAUACUUCGACUUCUUCUGUAAAUAUACUUUCUCCAUAA